GCUUCCAGAUGAUUCCGUUUUGGCCUCUCGGAUUUGUUUGUUUAAUUAUUGGCUUCAGCGCUGCAUAUGAGCCUGCAGCUGGAGCAAAUGCAGCCUCCAAAAACCACUGUUCCCGAAAAGAUUGCAAUGGAAUACAAUAUGACAUCCAAGAGGCUGCUUGCUGUGAAAACAAACUUCAUCCAGGUUCAAACCUGUUUUGUUGUGGAAAGGAGCCUUACAAUCCUGGUACAGCCACUUGUUGUAAAGUUCAACAUGGAAAGAUCCUCACAGCCAGUGUUACUCAGGGUCUGAGUGAAAAUGUGUCCGAUUGCUGUGACCUGAAGGCCUACAACCCAGUCAAUGAAAUAUGUUGUCAAUCAACCAUCAUAUCAAAACCUGGACCAAUGGCUGAAUGCUGUGUUAAAGAUGUUUUUGAUAAGGACAAGCAGUUGUGUUGUGGUCCAGCUGAUAAUAAGACAAUUCUGGUGAGGAAUUCCCGUCACCAUGAGUGCUGUGGUCACAGCCAGUACGACACUGAGACUCAGUGCUGCUGUUCAAAUGAGGAGAAGAUGGAAAUACAAUCGAAGGAUUCAUCCUGCUGUGUCAGGAAUUUCACUCCAGGCCUUUCAAGUGGAAAUACCACCUUCAACAAACCUUCACCAAAGCAUGGAUAUUGUGGUGAAGAGAUUUACGAUAUGGAAAAUAAGUUGUGUUGUGGUCCAAAUAAUGAUAAAAAGAUCCUGACAAGGAAAUCCAGAGAUCAUGUGUGCUGUCAUCAUGGCCAGUUCAACGUCAAAACUGAGUGCUGCUGUUAUAACAAUCAUAUUGCUGAAGUACAGUUGACGAAUUCAUCUUGCUGUAUGAAACAGCAGAUAUUCAAGCUCCAACCCAAAUGCACUGAACCAAACACACAUCUCUGUGGGUCGUCGUGUUACAAUCCAAAGCAAAAUCGCUGCUGUGAGAGUAACCACGAGCCUCACUCACUCGACAACUCAGGUCAAAGGAAGGCCACAGCCACCGUGUAUAACCCACAUACUCAGGUCUGCUGUGAUGGACGGUAUCUCCGUGGAAGCCUUGGAUCGAUCAGCCGGGCAGACACGGGGACCAUGAUAGCCCUUAUUCAUUACUGCCAAUACAAAAGGAUCAAAAGUCUGUGCUGUGGAGAGACGCCGUAUGGCUCGGCACAACGUGGAGUUCUGUCUUGUAAUAAGACCUUGUACGAGGACAGAGAUGAUGGAGAGGAAUGUUCAGAGAUGGGUAUUCCUUACAACCCGGCUAAAGGGACCAUAUGUUGUUCUCAGUUUCAUGGCACCCCAGGACAACACUGCUGUGGGACAGAAAUUUACCGGCCUCGUACUGAGAUCUGCUGCAAUGGACACAGACAUCUGAAAUCAGAAAACAUUCACUGCUGUGGGGUCAAAGCCUACAACAUUAAAGACCCACAGAUGAAGUGCUGUGCAGGAACACUGUACAAUCUGACAUCAUUAGACAAGCAUGGAGGGGAUGCGCAGUGCUGCGGAUCCAUUCUGCAAAAGCCACAGGACAUUUGCUGCUCAAGUGAGGACAAAGAGGUGCUCUACUCUGCCAAAAUAGGGUUCAGAUGCUGUGGUCACCUUUACUAUAACACCACCCUGUGGUCAUGCUGUGCUGGGGGCUGA